GCCUCUCGUGUCAGCAACUACCCUGCCGCAGAUCGACGAGAACGCUGUGCUGCAGUCAACAGAGGUUGCUGUGAAUCUAAGUUCCAGAAAACUGCUAUUGCGUAAGCAUCGAAAAGCAAGAAUUGGCGUCACGAACCAUGACAGCGAUUCUGGAAGCAUGGCCAACCUCGACCGAGAGCUACUUCUGGAAAAGUUCAAACAGGACAUACAGCGCUUUUGCCGCUUGAGGUCGGCGAGUACGGAGGACAAUGUGAGCCCCGAGGACGCCGAGCGCGCAGCUGCUUUCCACCAGUACUUUGCAACUCUCAGGGCGCGUCGCGGUAGGCGCCGAAGGCUCCUGGAGGCGUCAUCUGCCGGUGCCGCCGGCCGGCCGUCUGGCUCUGGCGGCAUAGCGGCCGGCGCUGGCGCUGCUGGUGGCGCCGCCCAGCCGUCUGAUUUUGGCGGCAUGGAUGCCGGCGCUGCCGCUACCGCCCCCAGCGGCUCAUGCGGGUUGGGUGGCGUUGAGGAGAGCGCUUGCGCCGCGGAAGCUGACGCCGAUGCCGCUACCGCCCCCAGCGGCUCAUGCGGGUUGGGCGGCGUUGAGGAGAGCGCUUGCGCCGCGGAAGCUGACGCCGGUGCCGCUACCGCCCCCAGCGGCUCAUGCGGGUUGGGCGGCGUUGAGGAGAGCGCUUGCGCCGCGGAAGCUGACGCCGGUGCCGCUACCGCCCCCAGCGGCUCAUGCGGGUUGGGCGGCGUUGAGGAGAGCGCUUGCGCCGCGGAAGCUGACGCCGAUGCCGCUACCGCCCCCAGCGGCUCAUGCGGGUUGGGCGACGUUGAGGAGAGCGCUUGCGCCGUGGACGCUGACGCCGGUGCCGCUACCGCCCCCAGCGGCUCAUGCGGGUUGGGCGGCGCUGAGGAGAGCGCUUGCGCCGCGGAAGCUGACGCCGGUGCCGCUACCGCCCCCAGCGGCUCAUGCGGGUUGGGCGGCGUUGAGGAGAGCGCUUGCGCCGUGGACGCUGACGCCGGUGCCGCUACCGCCCCCAGCGGCUCAUAUGGGUUGGGCGGCGUUGAGGAGAGCGCUUGCGCCGCGGAAGCUGGCGCUGGUGCCACUACCGCCCCCAGCGGCUCACGUGGGUUGGCCGGCGAGGAGGAGAGCGCUUGCGCCGCGGAAGCUGGCGCCGGUGCCGCUACCGCCCCCAGCGGCUCAUAUGGGUUGGGCGGCGUUGAGGAGAGCGCUUGCGCCGUGGACGCUGACGCCGGUGCCGCUACCGCCCCCAGCGGCUCAUGCGGGUUGGGCGGCGUUGAGGAGAGCGCUUGCGCCGCGGAAGCUGGCGCCGGUGCCACUACCGCCCCCAGCGGCUCACGUGGGUUGGGCGGCGAGGAGGAGAGCGCUUGCGCCGCGGAAGCUGGCGCCGGUGCCGCUACCGCCCCCAGCGGCUCAUAUGGGUUGGGCGGCGUUGAGGAGGGCGCUUGCGCCGCGGAAGCUGACGCCGGUGCCGCUACCGCCCCCAGCGGCUCAUGCGGGUUGGGCGGCGUUGAGGAGAGCGCUUGCGCCGCGGAAGCUGACGCCGGUGCCGCUACCGCCCCCAGCGGCUCAUGCGGGUUGGGCGGCGUUGAGGAGAGCGCUUGCGCCGUGGACGCUGACGCCGGUGCCGCUACCGCCCCCAGCGGCUCAUAUGGGUUGGGCGGCGAGGAGGAGAGCGCUUGCGCCGCGGAAGCUGGCGCCGGUGCCGCUACCGCCCCCAGCGGCUCAUAUGGGUUGGGCGACGCUAAAGAGAGCGCUUGCGCUGCGGAAGCUGACGCCGGCUCCUUUGCGGGCAUCGCUACCCCGGCACCAGCUGCGAAUGGGGCGCUAGUGUCUGUAGCGGCGGCCCUGGUGCUGACGCGGAGGAGUCUGGAGUCUGCCGCCAUGUCUGGGGCGCUGCUGACAGUGGCGCUCAGCCGCUCAGACGCGGACUAUCUGGUCACGCACGUGGCACCAGCGGCGGCCGCGGCAGGGGGGUCAGCGGCAGGGGGAUCAGCGGCAGGGGGGUCCGUGGAGGUGGUCGAGGCACUGGCGGCUCGGGGUCUGCUGCAGCGGCUGGGAGUGCGGCCGCUGCUGCUGGGUGCAGCCAACGACGAGUACGCGCAGGCGCUCAAGUCGCGGCUGCGCGCCGCCGCGCCCGACUGCCUCAUCCUGGAGUCCUUCGUGGGCCCCGCCCACCUGUCUGACCUGUACCGCAGCACCCGUCUCAACUUCCACCCCGCCACCUACGAUGCGUACGGCAUGACCAUCGUGGAGGCGGCGUCGCAGGGGGCGCCGUCGGUGGUCCACGACGGCGAUGGAGCCGUGGGCGCAACGGACCUGCUGCGCGGCAGAGCCGCCGCCGCCGCCGCCGCUAACGCCUCGGGUGGCACCAGCACUACUGGCAGUGGCGGUGGGAGCGGCGAGGAGGUGUUUCUGCUUGACCUGAGGGCGCCAGCGGAGGAAGUGGCGGCGGCGGUGGCGGCGCUGUGGGGCGAUGUGCCCAAGCUGGCGGCGGUGGCGGCACGGGCGCUGGCUCGGGCUCGGUCGUGGGACGAGGCCGCCAAUGCGGCGCGGCUGGUGGGACUGGUGGCGGAGGUGGCGCAGGCGGCGGGGGUGGCUGGUGGGAAGGGGGAGGGAGGGUGGGAGGGGGCAGGGCGAGGUGGGCAGCAGUGUCGGGCGGGGUAGUAAGAGCGUGCGGGCGUGCGGCGGUUGUGGUGCCCGAUGAUGAGAGACCUGCAGUCUAAGUAUGCUAGACCUUAACGGCGGACAUGUGGAAGCAGUGUGACGGUGUGCAGUGGUGUAUGUGUACUGGACUGUCCCAGUGCGAGUGCGAGCGUGGACGAGGGCGGGGUACUAAGGCCGAUGCGCGCGGAUGCUAGUGCGAGUGCGAGCUUGGAUGAGGGCGGGCGCUGUGUGGUGGGCGGCACGUGACUACUCAACAAUUCAGUAUCACUUUGGAUAAUCACCUGUAUUUUUGCAAGGAAGCUGGAGAUUUUGUUCAUGCGGCGAUACGGUGCAUUAGGACUGUGAAGUAUUUCAUGCAGCGCCUCUGAUGCAAGUUUGAGUUGGCCUUGGCUACCGUUUCAGUGGAGAGGCAGCUGAUAUCGAGGCCAAUAUUACACGCAUUACUACGCAAGAACUGGAUGUUGCCUCCCUCAUGGGGAAGGUACGCGAGAAGUUUGAGGAGGACUGGGCUAGCAACAGGUUAGAGGUUAAUCCACGGGAUUUUGUGACGCAAGCAGGGGUCAAGCCUGGCGUGAAGAUAUGUCGUUACAAGCAUUGGAUGGGGGAAACACGGCACACGCAAAUCUACAUUCCUCGAGCAUGGCAUGUCUCCAUGAUGAGAUUCAGGAUGGGCGUGUGGAUGAUUGAGGCUAACAACCCACGCGGUGCGCAGGGUGCGCACAGGGAGAGAGCACAGAGAGUAUGUCCGCUUUGCCACGCUGAUGGGGAGGAGCAUGUAGAGGAUGAGAGGCAUGUGCUGCUUGAGUGCAAGGCGUACGAUGAUAUCAGAAGCACGCUGUGGGAGGUGAUUCCCGCGACUAUGAUGGACGCGAUGGCCAGUGGUGACCAGAGGGGUUUAGCGCGUGUCAUUCACGCGAUAAGGCUGCGACGUAACGACCUUACGGCG